UCAUAUUCAUCACCCAUAUAAUUCCAAAACCAAACCAUGGGCUAAGUCUUACCCACUCCAUCAUAAAUUUGUAGCUCUUAACCUGGCUUUGGUGGAGGAGGUUUAUAACACCGAGCAACUCCCAAUAUCUCUCCAAUUCUCCAACUCGUAACACAGAUUGAUUUCCCCUUUUUUCUUUUCUUCUCUUUCCCUAGUCAUGUUAGGGAAGAGACCUCGUCCAAUGAUCGGAAAAUUGUCUGAAUUGUUGGUUUCUGGCAGCAAGCCUGGGUUUUUGGACCUUGCUACAAGCCCCAGAGGUCCAUUAGAUUUGAAAAGUCCAUCACCUAGAGGUUUGAAGAGAUUUGAUGUUGGUGGGGUUGGACUAGGGAUCGUUGCUGCCCUGGAGAAGUCUAGUGAUUCCUGCAGGCAUGCUAUUUGUAGCUCAAAUUUGAAUAGAUCAAAAGCAAUUGUUGUCAGUUCUGGCAGAAAUUGGGAUGGAUUGAGAGGAAGAUAUGAGGAUUUAGAGAUGGAAAGUUUGGAGAAUUAUACUUACGUCACAAGCCAUGGACCUGGCAAGUCAUCUACCAAGGUGUAUUAUGAUGGAGGUGAACGAAGGAGAAGUAGUAGUGGACAUGACAGAAACGGCUUUGGUGCUGUGAAGGAAACAACCCCAGCAGCAAGAUUUGUGGAAGGUGAUGUUGUUCCGACUUACCCAACUUCAGAUUUUCUCAGCACUUGUCACCUGUGCAGGAAAAAGCUGCAUGGCAAAGACAUAUACAUGUAUAGAGGUGAAAAGGCCUUUUGCAGUACAGAGUGCAGGUCAACGCAAAUAAUGAUGGAUGAGAGGAAAGAACAAUGCAGAUCAGAAGCUUCAAGAUCUGCAAAAGUUCCAAGCUCGCCCUAUAACACGGGGCAAAUCUUCUCAACCGGGAUUCUUGCAAUUUAGCUUGGGCAGCUUAUGAUUUUGGCAGCAAAGACACUGCUGAUCUUGCGUGGUCAGGCACCCCUGCAUAUAUAUAUAUAUAUAUAGGAAAAAUACCAUAGGAUUAUGAGGAUUAAUAAUAACUUUUAAUUUCCUGAUGUCAAUUCAGAAACAAGAAGAAAACCAGAACAAAGAAAACGAGGAAAUUUUGGUCGGAUUGGAGGAUAGAGCUUAUGCUGUAAUGAAAAAUAUGAAGUUGGAUAAGAAAUGAACUUCCCCUUUUUGUAGUUUUCAAUUUU